UCCCCUUUGCUCUCGUCAUCGCCGUCGCUGACGAUCAGCCCAUCUUACUACAAGCUUUCCGAUCUGAGGACGAGCAACACUUAUUUGUUCAUGCAACUCCAUGACAAUUCAUUCCGCCCUUACGACCUUCCAGGUUCAUUAAUACACUCCCUACCCGCAUGCCCCAUACUAGAGAUGACCUCUCAGUGCACUGACAAGUGUGUCGUCCCCAGUUGCCACAUUGCAGACGGUGACAUGAUCUGCGAUAGCGCCUGUGUUCCUGACGAGGACUGCGGUGAUUGUUCUGGUCUUGAAGAAUUGGUACGCCAUAUUGUGGUCUGGCAAUGCUGCACCGAUUAUCAUUCUUAUCUAUCCCAGCCAAAGUCCCUUGACCCAAGUCUCACACAGUUCAACUGGAACCCACAGUCAACAAAUGGUUUGUGUGGAUGCGACGAGAGCGACUACAGCGAACAACAUGUACCCCGAUUUUCUCCAGAAUACAGUACCAUAGCCCGGCCUUUGGGUAACGCUUCUCCCGAAUGUCUGGCGUCAUCUACUAGCUCAGCGUUUUCUUCACCCCACAUUUCCCAGGCAGCGACUCAGUUCACACCCGUUGGCCUGCCACAACACCUACCACAGUUCUCACCAGAUAUGUUUACUUGUUUGUGGGGGGACUGUAAGGCUACAUUCCCAUCUCUUAUGGAGCUAGUCGGGCACGUCAACUUGGACCAUCUCCGCCCUCCAAGUUUAACGAAGGAAUCAGCCCCUCAGCAGGUAUGCUCAGACGCUUCCCAGAAUCAACAAUUCGACACCAAUACUAUGUCGUGCCACUGGGGAGACUGUGUUAUGUUACCCUGUACAGAAUCAAUUUCAAGCUCUUCGACAACCGUGUUUACAGAUACUGUCCUUGACGCUCUUACUACACACUUGAUGCAAGAUCAUUUUGGUAUCAAUUACCCUUUCCCACAAUCGAUGAUGGCGCGCACGGCAUUACCACCGGAAAUUAUUCCCCAUGACGAAACAUCCACAGACGUCCCUCCCUAUCCUUCACCUCUGGACAAGUCUUAUCCGCCAGACUCCCCCUCCCCGUUCACAGACGCCAUCAAACCUUGUAAAUGGAGUGGGUGCACGCAAACAUUCUCUUCUCCUGAUGACCUUACAAACCACAUCCUCUCUGCCCACAUCGGCAGCGGUAAAGCACACUACGAGUGUUGCUGGGAGGGUUGCUCUCGGAAUGGGACGCAAGGAUUUUCAAGUAAACAAAAAGUCGCACGGCACAUGCAGUCGCACACAGGACAUAGGCCAUUUAAGUGUAAAAUAUGUAAUGCACAUUUCUCAGAAACAGCUACGCUGCAACAGCAUAUGCGGAGGCAUACCCAAGAGAAGCCAUACGUUUGUGAUUUUCCCGGGUGCGGCAAAGCGUUUGCUAUCACGGGUGCAUUGACGAUUCACAAGCGGACGCACAAUGGUUUCAAGCCGUUCAAGUGCAAGUUUUGCGAGAAGUAUGGGGUUCUUCUAUUUGAUGUUGGAGUGCUGAUGUAUUGUCUUUCUUCAGGGCUUUCGCUGAGUCGUCGAAUCUGUCGAAACAUUUACGAACGCAUACAGGUGCACGCCCUUAUCCCUGUCCUGAGGGUGGGUGUGGAAAGUCUUUCGCGAGGCCGGACCAGCUUGCGAGACAUAUGGGUGUACAUAGAAAGAAGGACCCAGGACUGGGAAUGGAAUGAACACCUUGGGAUAAAAUGUGUUUAGUCAUUAUGUAUCUAUUAUGAAGAUAGUCCACGAGUUUUCGCAGUGGUGUCAAGCUAUUUAAGUUCACUUGAGCAAU